AAGUAUUUGCAAGAAAAUUAGAAAAUUAAAGCUGAAAUUAAUUUUUAUUGAGACUGGUAAAAUUAACUUCCUAACACGUAAGGCAUAAAAAUGCUCGGUCGGUCGGUUUCGACUGGUAGGACGCAAAAUGUGUCGGGAAUUUCUCGGCCAACCGGCGGUGCUAGUGCUACGAUGGCGUCCGCCAUCAUACCAAGUGCUCCUGUGAAAAAUUACCAAACUACUGAUGCCGGAAACGGUCGUGCACUGGUCGACAACGAUUGGAGUUCGUUGAAUCCAAAUUUAUAUCAAAACAUGUCGAACGAUCAAGUAGACUGGGCUGCCCUGGCGCAACAAUGGAUUCAAAUGAAAGAAACCCUUCCGGCUAAUAUGGUUCCAGCAGCUCCACCUCCUCCCAUUAUAUCCAAUAAUUAUGGAUCAAAUAGUAGAGAAUCAUUUUCUGAUGGAAUGCAUACGGGGUCCAUAGAGGAACAAGGCGAGGCACCGAUGGAAGUCGAACGUGACGAGGAACUUGCGUCUGCUGUAACCCUACAGCAGCAAAAUCACGCUUGGGACAACGGAGCAAGCUCUUGGCAGUACCCUGCUGCCAACGACUGGCAGAAUCCCGUUUGGCAACCUAAUUGGUCCACAGAAGCAGCGUCAACAAAUGAUACAACUGCAAAGUCAAGCUAUGACACGGUCACCGUGAAUCCUAAUGCUUCCAUUGCCGUUGCCAAUUGGCAGGCCAAAAUGGCGAGGAUUUAUAAAAUCGGAGAACCCAACAGUUCGGAUGAAAUAGUGGGUACUAUCCAGCCGAUCGGAAAUCAACAGACCCAUCAGGCACAACCAUUGCCAACACAGCAGCAAAGUGCCGCAUCGAAGCGAAUCCCUGGCUUGAUGGAUCAGGUAAUUAAGCUAGAUCAGAGCCAGGCCGACCACGAGGAUGAUCAGGAGGCAGCCCAGGGGCUUAAUGAUGCAAAACGUAAACUGCUUCCGGCCUGGAUUCGAGAAGGCCUAGAAAAGAUGGAACGGGAAAAGCUGCGCCAAGAGGAGAAGGAAAAAGAACAACGGUUGCGCGAAGAAAUGCUCGAACGGCGAAGGCAGGCGGAGCUGGAAGCGCUAACCGAGCUGGAGAAUGCCCGAAAGAGGAGCAAGUUUGAAUCCGAUUCCGAAGAAGAAGAGUCGGAAAGCGUGGAAAAGCAUGAUGACAGUCAGAACCCUGAGUCUAGCCCGAUAUUACACCGAUCGCGGGAAGAGGUUCUUCAAGAAUUGAUGGUUGCUGUUCGUCGGAACUUGACUGAAAUUUUGCUCGAAGUCACAAAUGAAGAGAUUGCUUCAAUAGCUAAAGAAACUGUUGCAAAAACACGUCGAAAAGCACCAACAGCUCAAGCUCUUCGUAAGACCGGCCUCGCGUCGCUCACUGGAGGACUCGGUCUCGGUAUCUACGGUGACAGCGAUGACGAAGACGAAAGUGGUUCGGACCAGGAUCGCAACGAUAAUGAUGCAAGCGACGAUGAUGAAGAGGAAGCGGAACGAAUGUUGAGGAAUGCUAUCAAACAACGCCAGAAAGAGUUUGAGCGAACGGCUCGCGAGAUUGAGGAUCAGUUGGCUCAGGAGGAAGCGCGCGAGGAACGACGACGGCGUGAGCACGAACUGGCUUCGAAACAGCACGAUGCGCAGCCUCUGGAUGGAAAUAGCGACGAAGAGGAAGACUCAACGGCGGGGGGAAGUUCUGCGGGUCUUGGCUAUUCGCAACCAUCGUCGUCGUCGUCCCAGUCGGCGUCGGGCCCCGCUACCGGUAAGGUACACGGGGGGAAAUUCGGACCAAGAGAUGGUGAGACCCAGCCUGUUAAUGAUAAAUUAUAUGCCUACAAGCUCGGUCGAUCGCGUGACAAGCGGAUAUCCCGAUUCAGUGACCCGAAGGACACCGUCCGGCAAACUCACAUAACGCACGUGGCAAUUGUUAGCCACAAACCGGGUGAGGUGAUACCCUCGUUGCCUGCGGCCAAGCCAACCGCAUCAGCCGUUCAAUCGGCGAAUGCAAGUGGAACGACACCUUCGGUGGCCAGCACAACGGCCGUUCCAUUGUUCCCCGCAGCCAUAGCUGCGGCAAUGCAUUUAGAACAGUAUCGACGCGAGAACAGUGUAGCUUCCGAAACGCCAUCAAAUGCGUCUGGCAGUCGAGCUUCGUCAUCACACCGCAGUGCCCGAGACGGUAGCAGUAGCAAGUCGUCGCAUAGGUCUCAUAAAAGCAAGAAACAUAAGCGUUCGCGCUACAGCCGGAGUGAUGACGAAGAUGACUACUACGAUGAUGGCGAUUAUGAAGAGGAUCGUUUUUCACAGCACUCACGUCGAUCGCACAGUUCCGAGCGGAGCGGGCACUCUCGUCGACGUAGGUCGUACUCGCGAGAUUCACGUGACGAUGAUAGAAACCGGAAGUAUUCGUACCGAUCACGGGAUCGCUCCCGAUCUCGAUCACGCGAUCGGUAUCGAUCUUCUAGGCGAUCACGAAGCCGCUCCCGGUCGUCAUCAAGACGGAGACGUUAAUAUCAAACAUGAUUUUAUAGUUAUAAUGGUGACUAGUCACAAAAAAUGACUAGCAAUUUGGUCCAUUACAACGACGUCGUAAUAAAAACUAAUACAUUUUGUUUACUCUGCAGUUGUUUACCCGCGUUACAGGUUACAGUUACGCAAGUUGCUUUCACACAACAUACAGAUAAUUCGAUCACGAAAAGAUUAGCAUCUUUGUUCUAUAAUAACAAAAACAUGUGAUUUGAACAGUUUUUCUGUAGGUCCAUAGAAGUUCGAGAAAAUUGGGAGUACACCAUAUGAAGAACCAAAACAAAACAAAAAAAACUAAGAAAGUAGUCAGAUGAAAAAAAAAAGUGUAAGAAAAACAAAUUCUCAGCAGUAGUGCAGCACAAGCACGGCAUAAAAGUGUGUUAAAACGCAGAGAGUUCGAAGUAGAUGAAUAAUUUCCAAGAACAUCACUUGAUAUAACAAAUCAAAUCACUGGUCGAACCACAUUUGCAACUUGGAAACGUUGAACUAAUGCACUGCAAGCAUGCGUUCCCUUUCCGGCAAGUUAUUUGAAGGUGAUAAUUUUGCUUCGACUAUUGAUUUGAUGAUGAGCUUGAAUAGUGAACGCUCUACUUGCACCACUACAUAUAUCUUGAUAACUCAAUAAAUCAAUACAGUUCUUUCCUCGAUCCAGC